AUGCUACUCCAAUGGGAGCCCAAAGAUCACUCUCAUGGAAGCCCCAGUGGAGAGAUGACAGACUGGCAGAAGCAAAAAAUGCCUACCAAACUAAGAUCAGACAAGCACAUAAAUCCAAAGCUAAGAAGCUUCACAGUACAGAUUGAGAGUUUGCCUUGUAAAAUGAAGAUAGAUACUGGGUCAUCCCUCACCAUUGUAUCCUCGGUGACUAUCCAGAAGGCAGUGCCAGGAUUUUCUGGGCCCCUGAAAAUAACUGUGGUCAGAGGCACAUUACCAAGCCUGCUCGGCUUGGAUUGGUUUGAGGCCCUGGGCAUGGGAGUAACUGGAAUCAACACUGGAAACGUCCACAAUGACAGUGCGGACAAACUGAUCAGAGAAUUCAAGGUCAUGUUCAAUGGCAGCCUGGAUAUGAAGGGAGAAAUGGCUCAAAGAAUCUUCAGUGACAUCUGUGGGCUUCGAAAUAACAGAUCAUUAGGAUCAUCAAGAAUUACUGGAGGAGUAACAUCUGGAGAAUGGCCAUGGCAAGCCAGUCUCCAGCGAAACAACAUCCAUCGCUGUGGUGCAACAUUGAUCAGCAACACAUGGCUUCUAUCUGCAGCACAUUGCUUCAGAGAAGCAAAAAAUCCACAUAAAUGGACAGUUAGCUUUGGAACCUAUUUAAGACCUGCUCUAAUGAUACGGCUAGUCAAAACAAUUAUAAUUCAUGAAAAAUAUCGGAAUACAGGCCAUGAACAUGAUAUUGCUGUUCUGCAGUUGACUAAAAGUGUAGGGUUUACAAGUGCUAUUCAUCGAAUUUGUCUCCCAGAUUCAAAUGAAAGGAUUCCAUAUAAUAUUGAUGCUGUGGUUACAGGAUGGGGAGCACUUAGUAACGAGGGUGAAACCCCUAAUGUCCUUCAGGAAGCAACAGUAAAACUCAUAGACACCAAAGUCUGCAAUAGAAGGGAAGUGUACAAUGGGGCAAUAAAACCUGGAAUGAUAUGUGCUGGAUAUCUUGAAGGAGGAAUUGAUUCCUGCCAGGGUGACUCCGGGGGUCCACUGAUGACAUUUGAUUCAAGACAAAUGUGGUACCUUGUUGGCAUAGUGAGCUGGGGGGAUGAAUGUGGAAAACCAAAUAAGCCUGGUGUCUACACAAAAGUUACUUACUAUCGAGACUGGAUUACUAAAUAUACUGGGCUUUGAUAUAUUAAAUAUAAAAAGCUGCACGUGUUUGAAGCUGCAUAGAUGACAUCUAGGUAGUACAAAGGACUAUGAUUUUAUAUAAUAGUAUUUGUGUUAUCCCAUAAGUUAUUAAUAAAACUAGCAUGUUUUAAAAAGAAAUAAUGUAUUCUGACUGUUAAACCAAAGCACUAUUGUAAAAUGUGUAUUCUCAAUGAAAAGAUUGUAAAUUUGC